UGACAGGUAGACACUGGUAGAGUUUUCUUCCGUCUGCGGCUCAUUGACAAAUUGAAUUGACAUGCUAAGUGGAAGUGGAAACCUUGGAUAAUAGUUUAUUUGCGAGUGAUUUUGUUUAGUGCAACAUAUGGCAAAAAUAUUAAUGCUAUUAUAAAACACACUGUAAUUUCUUGCAAAGCCCAUUCCAAGGUUACCUAUAGAAAAAUAUAAAAAUGUCUCAAGUUUCUGCAACUGGUUCGCCGGUUGGUGGCGCGGGAGGAGACAGUGAGGGGGAGGAGCAGGAAGACCCCUCAUCCUCGUCACCUGAUGAUGUGGUAGAAAUUGAGGAUUCACUUAAGAAAUUAAAUGUCCAAGAUAAGACACAGAAUGCGGACGACGAGUUGGCGGCUUUCCGUCAACAGUGGCAGCGGGAAUUGGAAGCCAAUGCUACCCCGAAGAGGAGCACGCCGCCGAAACAGAAGCAGUUCUCUGAACCUAUCUCUGAUGAAGAAAAGGCUAAGCAGUUGUUCCUGAGCGGUAUAGAGAUGGAGCGGCGCGGCAGGCUGUAUGAAGCCAUCCAGCACUACAAGUACUCGCUGCAGAUACUGCCCGACGUGGAGAAGCGUCUGCAUAACGAACUACAGGCCGAGAUGCCUGAAGAGGAGGAGAUAGAAACAGACGUGAUAAUACCAAAGGUGGCGUACCCUGAAGAUGAUGAGGAGGAAAUCGAAGGGGAGGACCUACUGAGCAAGUUGAGGAGGAUCCUCGCUUCGAAAGGGGCACUGUGUGAACCUGAGCUUGAGACUAGGGAUGCCCACAUCUCCUGGCUGCCGUACGAAGUGAUCCUGGAGAUACUGCGCUGGGUGGUCAGCUCCGAGCUGGACGUGUUCUCACUGGACCAGGUGUCCAACGUGUGCCGCGGACUGUAUGUCGCUGCUAGGGAGCCAGACAUCUGGCGCUCGCUUUGUCUCAACACAUGGGGCAUAGAGUGUGGCACCCUGGCGUCGCACGGCUACAUAUCCUGGCGCCAGAUGUACAUGGCGCGGCCGCGGGUGCACCUGCACGGCGUCUACAUUGCCAAGACGACGUACGUGCGACACGGGGACAAGUGCUACCAGAACGAGUUCUACCAGUCCUGGUUCCUUAUUGACUACUAUCGGUACCUCAGGUUCUUCGCGGAUGGCUCAGUGCUGAUGUGGACGACGCCGGACGAGCCCCAGUCGUGCGUGAGCCACCUCAAGAGCCGGCAGUUCAAGCACGGGCUCGGCAUCAUGCCCGGCCACUACCGAGUCGUUGGGGAAAAGGUUGUGAUAGUGGUGAAGAGAGUGAACCAGGAGAAGAAGCCGGCGGCCUCCAACACGCGGUUCCGCUCCCGACACAAGGAGAUAGAGCAGCAACAGGAACAGACCUUCCACGUGGAGUUGGAGCUGGUGGGGUCCCGCAGCGCGCGCAACUGGCGCAUGGAGUGGCGGCACUACGCGGCGUGCACGCGGCGCGACCAGUGGACCCACUUCGAGCUCACGCCCGGCAAGUUCCCGCCGUUCCGCUUCAGUCGCGUGCGCAGCUACAUGGCCGAGUCUGAAGCACCGCUGCCUACUCGACACUAUAACUAAAGCUCGAUCUGCAGGGUUGUCACAUAGCUGAGAUUCAGGAUUCCGGUCUUUAGUAAGUCAUGCGCAAAUAUUAUCAAUGUAUUUAGUAGUUUUUCUGUGUGAUCUGACUACUGUACACUGUACUGCUGGAUUGUAAACAAAAGUCAUUACUUAAGGGCAGCCGAUAUGAUGGUAAAGUGAUAUUCGCGUUAGAAUCGACUGCACAUUGCGUUGGAUAUGUAAAAAUCAACCUUACGUCGUAUGAAAUAAAAGACAUUUUUAAUCUAACUUAUAAACAUCUUGUCUCAAAACCAACCUAAUUUAAUGCAUAAAGAAAGGUGCUUUAAGUUAAAAUUUUAAUUACAAAAAGUUGAAAGAAAGUAAAUGUAAUACAGUAAAUUACUUUGACUAAGCGUGUAAGACAUAUUUGUAUAUAAGGGAGUACACAGACUGGUCUAUUGUGGAUAAAGUCGGAUAUUAUGUAAACUUAGAAAAAAAAACCAAUUACCUUACACAAUUGUCAAAAUAUCAGUGAAUAAAUAAAAUGAGAUCCAUUACAAUAAGCAAA